AUGUCCCGCUCAUCUGGGACCAUCGGCCCCCGCGGAGACGCUCGGGCUUUGGGACGCGUCACCGGCCCGUUGCAUCACGCGCCGGUGGGGUGGGGGGCGUGGGCGUCUCCAAUCCGGACCCGCGCAGGACGGACGGCCAAUUGGCACCGAAGGACCAAACCGGCUCGCACCGACCCUCCCUUUCCAGCCAAGCUGGUGAUGACGAUGAAUUCCUCGAAUUUCCCGGUCAAAGAUCCGGGAUCGAAAUGUUUGACUGCUCGUGUUCUUCGAUGGUGCGUAGGCCCUACCUUCAAAGCUGCAGAGCCCAAGGCGGCUGGAUCGUGGCAAUUCCAUGGGGCCAAGCGGUUGGGUGUGGUGAAUCUGGACUCCAGGUGCUUUGGAGGGCCCAGCUGCGAAGACUUGGGAGAGAAGUCGCCUGCAUUGACGGCCACUGGAGAUCUUGGCUUCCUCUCCACGAACGACUUGGAUCUUAUCGCCAGAGGCCCCAGCUGUGCCCCAGAGAAUAAACCCAAGAGAGCUCUGACCGUGCGGCUUCACCGUGAGGCGAUAGCGGGGCUCGAACUGAAGGAGCGGCCCGCCCCUUUGAGCGAAGCCAGCGGCGCAGGCCGCGUGGAGUUCGACUGGGCGCCCCAGAGCGCCAAGAAGGCGCAGGCUGAGGCCUCUGAAGCAGGCAGCUCUGGUGGGUGGGCGACCGUUGGCCGCCGCGGCCGGAGGCCUCGCGACGAAGCGGACGUGCCAGUUCCGGCAGAAGCGGGGCCGAAGGCGGCAGAGCCAGAGGUGCAGCUUGCGGAGACGGGAGCUCUCCCACUGGACGCGGCUCAGACCCUUGGCUCCGGGGGACCCUUCCGGGCGCAGGGACCCUUCGAGGCCACGAGGACUGGAGAGAGGACAGCAGAGGAUGAGAGGUGCGACCCGGAAGUCCAGCUCCAGGCGGAUGACCCCGAGGAGGCGGACGACGGUGAGGACCGAGCCACGGGGUGGUCCGGCUCGGACAGCGAGGAUGGAAGCAGCGCUGGCGAGUGGGUCACGGAGGAGGGAAUCCAACCGGACGCGGACGUGCGCGUGACUUGUGCCACGGCGGACUACUCGGUGCAGAAUGUGCCCCGGGAUGGCAGAUGCGAGGAAGAUGCGGAGAGGCAGGUGCCAUGGCACCUCUUGGCCGAGAGCCGGCUUUAUCAGCCUCAGUGGUCCACCUGGCUGAAAUGGCUCGACACCGCCCGGGUCGACCGCUGCGUGGAGGUGCCUCCUCUACAGCUCCAUGCCCUUCGGCUCCGCUACGGCGGCGCCGGCAUCCACCAUGCGGACAUGCACGCGGGCGCGUGGCCGCCGCUGGCGUCGGUGUCGACGCAGAACGAGGCGACGCUGGCGACGCGCUGCGGGGUGAUGGCGCUAGCCUUUGGACUUGGUUCGCUGCAGGAUGAGCUGCAUGGUUUGGAGGACGAGGAGCAACUGCUCGCCUUGGUUCCGCGCUUCCUACGGCACUUCCUGCUCCGUGCCGCCCUGGCGACGUCUCCGUCUUCCCCGUCCGAGCUGUGGGAGCUGCUGCGGCGGGCGGAGGAGGUGGUGCUCGGCACCUGGCGCUCCCGCCUGCGCGAAAGCCGCACCGAAAGCCGCGUGGCGUGCGACGUGUGUUGCAGCGACGCCUCGUGUCCCUUUGCGGGCGAAGGCUUGUGCCCCGCGGACACUCAAUUUGAUGCGAAUCAAGACCUUCGAGACUUGACGUUAUCGCAGCCUGCAGAUGCUGCAGUCUUUGUGCUCAGCAUGGCGUCAAAAGUUUUUUUUCCAGAAGGAGAUCAGCUUUGGUCCCGCGCAGAGCUCGCCUUGGACCAACUGGAGCAGGAGAGCGAUGCUCCACAUGAUCUCAACCUGCCAGAUCCAGAAUCAGAAGCCCGAGCUGACAAGGAUGCAGCAGAUGGUAGGACUGCCUUCCGGAAUGUGGUCCGAAAGUGGUCCUUCCAGGUCUUGAAAUCCUUGAGAUUGGCUUUGAGCUUGAUGAUCUACCUCGGGGCGCCCAGCGUCGGGCGCCGGAACCAGGGCGAACGCACGUUCCACGCCAUGGAGAGUGGGAGAAGCCGCUCACGCACACGUGAAGGCAGGUGCCCCCGAGACGAGGUUCCAAAGUGGACCAUCAACGUCUCUUUGCCCAGUGGUUCCUCAAUGCGUUGCUCCAAGUCAUGCAGUUGCAAAGUCUGGGAGCUGAAGGCUGCUGCGAAAGAAUUCUUUAGAUGCCCUUUUUUGCUCAUGAUCUCGGCUGAUGGGCAGCUUCUAGACGGAAGACAAACUCUGGAAGAAGCACACCUUCAUCAUGGAGAUCACUUAACAGCCGUCAUCCAAGCACCCAAGAUGGCCGCGACAUAUGGUGCUUUUGCAUUGUGGUGCUGUGGAGGUGGCACAGUUACAUGGGGUGAUGCGGAAUGUGGAGGUGACUGUAGCAGUGUCCAAGAUCAGCUGAAACACGUUCAAGACAUCUAUGCUUCAGUAUGCGCCUUUGCUGCUAUCACUGCUGAUGGAUCCGUUGUCACUUGGGGUCAUCCAGAUGCAGGUGGCGACAGCAGCUUGGUCCGAGAUCAGCUGACAAACGUGCAGCACAUCCAGGCGUCGCAGCGCGCCUUCGCGGCGCUGCGCGCGGAUCGUUCCGUGGUCACCUGGGGGAAUCCCACCGCGGGCGGCGACAGCAGCGGCGUGCGGUCCCAGCUGCACGGCGUGCGCGAGCUGCGAGCGUCCGCGGGUGCCUUCGCAGCCGUCUUAUCGGAUCGAUCGGUGGUGACAUGGGGAGACCCGGAACGCGGAGGCGACAGCAGCGCGGUGCGAGAGCAGCUGCAAACGGUGCAGCAGAUUCAAGCAUCCAGCAGCGCCUUCGCAGCCGUUUUGGCGGAUGAAUCAGUGGUCACCUGGGGAAAGGCAGAGGAUGGAGGUGACAGCAGCCGAGUCCGCGAUGAGCUGAAGCAUGUCCAAACGAUCAAGUCUUCAGCCUGUGCCUUUGCCGCCAUCUUGGCUGAUAGAUCUGUGGUCACAUGGGGCAAUCGAGAGUAUGGAGGUGACAGCAGCGAAAUCCAGGAUCAGCUGAAAGACGUGCAAGAGAUUCAAGCCUCCGAGUGUGCGUUCGCAGCCAUCCGAUCUGAUGGAUCUGUGGUGACCUGGGGGGAUCCAGACUUUGGGGGCGACUGCAGUUUGGUCCAAGAUCAGCUGAAGAAUGUGCAAAAGAUCCAAGCUUCACACUUUGCCUUCUGCGCCCUCUUGAAGAAUGGUGGGGCUGUGACCUGGGGCGAUGCGCACGCCGGAGGAGACAGUUGGAUGCUUCAAGAUCAGCUCCAUGAUGUACAGCACAUCCACGCCUCGCACUAUGCCUUUGCAGCCGUCUUGGCGGAUGGGAGUUUAGUGACCUGGGGUGCUUCUCAUGCUGGAGGUGACAUGCCUCGAGCAAAGCGAGAGGAACUUCAAGUGUUGUGA